GCAGCUAACGCGUUUCCGCCAAGCGGCCGGGCCUACGCCUGUCGCGUCCGCCGAGGCUGGGCUCCGGGCGUCUGUUCCCGGGAGGAGGCAGGUGGGGAAAUGCGGCAGGUGCGUUCGCGGGGCCUUUUUCCCCGCUGUAACUCCUUUUUCAAGAACAUUUCAAGCACCUUUCUGACUUUUCUCCUGAAGGAAUAGCAUCCCCACCGUCACCCACGGCCCCAGCGUCCUCUUCUCACCGACGUGGCGAUUAAGGCGGAUCCGUGAGAGGAUAAACAUAUGAUGUUUGAUGACUGAGAAGAAACAUUUGUUGCUUAACAAUUGAUGUUGUGAGCUGGUUCCCCAGACACCAGUGUACUAAGAGAAAUCAAGAUCAACCUAUCAGUUUAAAUUUACCAUCUUCUCUGAAGUGAUCUUCUGAGCAAGAAGUAGAAGAUUCAGGAAACUUUCACUACCAGUUUUACAGGAUGGCAGCCGUUGAUCUGACUCCUGUGUGUGGUCUUCUUUCUUGGGACCCUUUCUGUCUUCAUGAGAGGAAAACAGAGGAGACAAGGAUGGUGACUGGGUUGCUAACCGAUUCUUAUCAGGACUUAGUGACCUUUGAAGAUGUGGCUAUAGACUUUACCCAAGAGGAGUGGACCUUGCUGGGUGAAAUGCAGAGAGAUCUCUACAGAGAUGUGAUGCUGGAGAACUAUAGGAACCUGGUCAUAGUAGGGUACAAAUUAUGCAAACCUAAUCUGAUCUCUCGAUUGGAACAAGAAGAACUGAGGACCGGGGAGAGAGGAGUCCUGAAGGAAUUGUAUUUGCAGUUCAAAAGCAGGAAAGCAUCCAUACUUCAUCGAGGUAUUUCUGUGCAAAACACAUCAAAUGGAAUAGAAUUGGAGAGCAGCAGUGCUGGAGAGAAACUGUAUGACUCUAACCAAUGUGGAAAAGCCUUUAGUGAACACUCAGGUCUUAGGACUCAUAUGAAAACCCGCGUUAGAGAGAAAAUAUCUCUGGAUAAUCGGAGUGGAAAAGACUUCAGAAAGAAUUUUAUUCAUAUUCUGCACAAGAAAAUCCAUGUUGGGGAGAAACUUGAGUUUUUUCAACAUGAAAAAGUCUUCACUCAGCUUCCAAAUCUUACUGGGCACAAGAAAACUCAUACACAAGAGGAAAUGUGUGAAGGCAAAGACCGUGGGAGAACCUUUGCUAAUCAGUCAUACCUUAAGGUACUUCUGAAAUCUCACAUUGGAGAAAAAGUUUAUGCAUGUAAGGAAUGUGGGAAAACCUUCACUAAUUCCUCUGACCUUAUAGAACAUAUAAGAAUUCACAGUGGAAAGAAGCCCUACAUAUGUAUGGAAUGUGGGAAAGCCUUUACUCGUUCUACAGGACUUACCUUACACAUACAAAUUCACAAUGGAGAAAAACCAUUUCAGUGUAAGGAAUGUGGGAAAGCUUUCAUUCAUUCUUCAUACCUUACAAAACACAUAAGAAUUCACAGUGGAGAGAAGCCUUAUGUCUGUAGGAAAUGUGGGAAAGCCUUUGCUCGGUCCUCAGGACUUAAGUUACACAUCAGAACUCACACUGGAGAAAAACCAUAUGAAUGUAAGGAAUGUGGGAGAGCCUUCACUAGUUCCUCACACCUUACAGAACAUACAAGAAUUCACAGUGGAAAGAAGCCCUACAUAUGUCUGGAAUGUGGGAAAGCCUUUACUCGAUCCACAGGACUUAUUUCACACAUACAAAUUCACAAUGGAGAAAAACAAUUUGAAUGUAAAGAAUGUGGGAAAACUUUCCUUCAUUCCUCAUACCUUACAAAACAUAUAAGAAUUCACAGUGGAGAGAAGCCCUAUUUAUGUAAGGUAUGUGGGAAGGCCUUCAAUCGUUCCUCAGGACUUGUUUUACACACGCGAACACACACUGGAGAAAAACACUAUGAAUGUAAGGAAUGUGGGAAGACCUUUAAUAAUUAUUCAAUGCUUAAUGAACAUGUAAGAACUCACACUGGAGAGAAGGCCUAUGAAUGUGAAGAACAUGGGAAAGCAUUUACUUGUUCCACACAUCUUAACAUGUACAUGUGAACUCACACUGGUGAAAAAUUAUAUAAGUGCAAAGACUGUGGGAGAGCCUUUGCUAAUCAGUCAUACCUUAAGGUACAUGUGAGAUCUCACAUUGGAGAAAAACCCUAUAUAUGUAAGGAAUGUGGGAAAGCCUUCACUAAUUCAUCACACCUUACAGAACAUGUAAGAAUUCACAGUGGAGAAAAGCCUUAUGUGUGUAAGGAAUGUGGGAAAGCCUUCACUCAAUCCUCAGGACUUAUGUUACACAUCAGAACUCAUACUGGAGAAAAACCAUAUGAAUGUAAGGAAUGUGGGAAAGCUUUCACUGAUUCCUCAAGUCUUAAUCAGCAUGUAAGAAUUCACAGUGGAGAGAAGCCAUAUCAAUGUAAGGAAUGUGGGAAAGCCUUUACCCAAUCCUCGGGCCUUACUGUACAUUUAAGAACUCACACUGGAGAGAAGGCCUAUGAAUGUAAGGAAUGUGGGAAAGCUUUUACUCGUUCCACAAGCCUUAAUAUGCACAUGCGUACUCACACUGGAGAAAAACCCUAUGAAUGUAAGGAAUGUGGGAAAGCCUUUACAUAUUCCACAUGCCUUAAUAUUCACAUGCGAACCCACACUGGAGAGAAACCCUACAAAUGUAAGGAAUGUGGAAAAGCCUUCAUUCAGUCUUCAGCACUUUUAAAACAUGUAAGAAAUCACACGAGAGAAGCUCUAUAAAUGUAAAGUAUGUGAAAAAGCCUUUAAAUGUAAGUCAGACUUUAAUAGUCAUAUCCAAACUCAUCUGGUGAAAGACCAGUGACCGUCUAUAACUUGGAAAAACUUAGAGUGGACAAAAACCCCAUUAAUAUAAGGAAUGUGGAAGAGCCUUUAUUAAUUUUUCAUAUCUUAGAGAACAAUUAAGAGCUGUCAUUGGAGAGAAGCCUUUGGCUUGUAAGGCAUGAAAGAAAGCAUUUACUCAUUCCACAAUGCUUAUUUUACACAUCUAGAAUUAUGGCAAAACCCCUAUGAAAGUAAGGAAAGUGGCACAACCUUAAACUAUUUCACAUACCAUAAUACUCACAUAGGAUCUCAUAUUGAUGAAAGACUCUAUGUAUGGAACUCAUGUGCUAAAGCCUUAAUAGCCAUAUGAGAAUUCACACUGGAUUAAAACUCUGUGAAUGUACAGGUUACAGGAAGACCUUCACUUGUUCCUUAUAUCUUACCAUUUAAGAACUCAGUUGAGAAAUAUCCUGUGAAUUUAAGGAAUAUGAAAAAGCCUUUGGAAUCUCCUCACAACCUAGUAUGUAAGAAUUCACACUGAAGCUGUACAAGUGUAAGAAAUGUGGAAAACCCUUCACUGAUUCCUCAGGUCUUACUGAAUUAAUAAGAUCUUGCAGUGGAGAGAAACCCUGUGAAUGUAAGAUAUGUGGGAAAAUAGUAGUUCUGCCAACUGCUUUAAUAUUCAACUGUGAUCUCCUGUAAUAGUGAAGAAAAACUUUGAUUGUAAGAAAUUUAGGAAAAUCAUCAUUUUUUCAUUGGAUUGUCCAUCAUCCUUUAGUAAACAUGGAGAAACUCGCACUCAAGAGAAACUGUGAAUAUAGGGAAUGUAGGAAUGCUUCCCUGAGUCCUGAAAUCUUAUGGCCUGCUGACAAAGACAUGACUUUCUUUCUAGGUGGUUACGCAGAUCUAUUUUGAACAUUCUCAAUUCUUCCUGAUCAUUCUUGUGCACAAUGUGUCUUUUUUUCUCCUAAGUGCAACACUAGGCUAGUCUCCUAACUGACCUAACUCCACUGCAGGCUCCUGACAGCAUCAUCAAGUGGCAGCCUGGCCAAAAAGGGGCCUGUGAGAGUCACACUUAAUCCUGUUUCAGCCACCUGGAUUCGCUUGUUGGAUUCACAUGGUCUUAGGGGAGGGAGGGAUGAGUUGUGCAAACAGUUAAUAUGCUUAGCUGUUAACCAAAAGGUUGGAGAUUAGAGUCCAUCCAAAGGCACCUCGGAAGAAAGGCCUGGUAAUCUACUUCCAAAAAUUCAGCCAUAGAAAACCCUGUGGAGCACAGUUUUCCUCUGACACAAAUGGGGUUGCCAUGAGGGUGAAUUCAGCAGGAACCAGUGGUGAUAUAUAGUGAACACAAUGAUCACUUGAUUGAGUACACUUCUCUCCAAGUCUUAUCUGCAGUGGCUCUCACUGGAUAAAGUGUGGAAUAUAGUAUAUCUCUGUAAAUACACCUCUGUCUCCCUCUUGCACCUGAUCCUUUUGAAUGAAAGGUCCGAGUAUGAGCAGGGAAUGAGUGGAGAAAAGUUGAGGUUAUAGCUACUAAUGUGAGACAGAUUUUUGUGGCCAUGGAGGGAUAGCAACAACCCCAGCACUUAAGGAGGCAACACCUUGGACCGUUGGAAAGUACAGGGAGGGGUGGUUACAACGAAUGCUGCCUUUGACCACUACGUCCAGCUCCAUAGCCUGGAAAAGCAAUCAUUUUUCUGCUAAGUCAAGCAACAGUUGUGUCUGGCAAUCUGAUCCUCUAUUGGAUUUGUCAUUCCUGUCUAUGUGCUAUGAAAACAAAAAUUCAUGGACACGAUUGCUUCUGAUACUCAGUUGUGAUUGAUGCCAUCACUGACAGCUCCUGAUGCUAUCACUGGCCCCUGGGUACUGACAUGCUGACCAGCACAACCUUGUUUCAGUCUGAAUGAUACAAAUUCAUAACUUCUGAUGCCUAAGCAGGCUUGAGUUAUGUAUGGUGAUAAAGGCUGCAACUGCUUGGUGACACUGUCUUUGGGACCUAAUCAAACCAGUGUAAUGGUGAGCCAAAUCAAGUUUAACACCAACUUCUGAACGAGAGUGACCUGUGCCCUUUUGUCUUACAUGUUUGUAUGCAUGAGGACAGCAGAUCAUAGAAUGGCUCUCUCUUGGGGAUGAGAGUUAUUAUAUAGCCUAUCUGUUGCACUCUUGGGAACCCUGGUGGCAUAGUGGUUAAGUGCUAUGGCUGCUAACCAAAAGGUAGGCAGUUCGAAUCCACCAGGCGCUCCUUGGAAACUCUAUGGGCAGUUCUACUCUGUCCUAUUGGGUCACUAGGAGUUGGAAUUGACUCGAUGGCAGUGGGUUUGGUUUCUUUUGGUUUCGGUUGCACCCUUUAGUUAUUGGUAAUGACACCAAAGAUCAGCAGAUUAGUUUCACUCCCUUAUAUGGAUUGCCACAGAUAACAGAUUGGCCUUAGAUUAUAUCCUGACUGUAUGAAAUAAGACCUACUAGACCCUGCUAGGACUUACUCACAUUUGAAGGGGGAUGGUUGAGGUCAACACUACAGGUUGGUCUCAUUUUGCUGCUUGGAGUCCUAGUCUUGUUAAGUGCCAUCAAGUUGGUUCUCACUCAUAGUGACCCUGUGUACAAUGGAAUGAAACACUGCCUGGUCCUCUGACAUCCUCACAAUAGUUAUGCCUGAGCCCAUUGUUGUAGCCACUGUGUCAGUCCAUCUUGACAAGGGUUUUCCCCUUUUUCUCUGACCCUCUACCAAGCAUGAUGUCCUUCUCCAGGGACUGACCCCUCCUGGUAUUAUGUCCAAAGUACGUGAAACAAACUGUCACCAUCCUCACUUCCAAGGAGCAUUCUGGCUGUACUUCUUCCAAGACAUUUGUUCGUUCUUUUAGCAGUGCAUGGUAUAUUCAACAUUCUUCACCAACACCAUA